AUGUUUUACACCGGAUGUAAAGAUGAUGAAACCCUCAAAGCACUCUACCAGUCUCUUCAACCUACAGCACAGUCUCUGGGGCUUCUUUCCGCAGAUUUAGCAGUGAGGUUUAAUAUCUCAAAGGCCACAGUCAGCAGGAUAUGUAUAACUUGGGCUAACUACCUGUAUUUCAUGCUUGGUACACUACCAGUAUGGCCAAGUAGAGAGGCUGUAGAUGAGCUAAUGCCACCCUGCUUCAAGAAGACCUUUCCAAAAACACGUGUUGUGCUAGAUUGUACUGAGAUCCAUAUUCAAGCAGCAAGUUCAAAAGUUCUGAACACCAUGACAUACUCUCAUUACAAGGUAAGCACAACUUUGAAAUCCCUGAUUGGCAUCACACCCUUUGGGACGGUUAGCUUUGUAAGCAACCUAUACACAGGCUCCAUCUCUGACAAGGAAAUCACCAAAGAGUCAGGCAUUCUGAAACUGCUUGAGCCAGGUGAUGAAGUAAUGGCUGAUAAGGGCUUUCUUAUCAAAGACCUCCUUGCUGACAUCAAUGUCAGUCUUGUAACCCCAGCUUUCACAGGGCCAAGCGGACAAUUCAGUAAAUAUGAAAUUACACAUACCCAAGAGAUUGCCCGCUUGAGGAUACAUGUGGAGAGGGCCAUCAGACGCAUCAAGGAAUAUCACAUUUUUGAUGGUGUCCUACCCCUUUCACUCUGUGGUUCAGUCAACCAGAUGUGGACUGUUUGUGCUCUAUUGACAAAUUUCCAAGGACCUCUAUUUUAAAGAAAUAGUUCACUCAAAAAUGAAAAUCUGCUGAAAAUGUACUCCCCCUCAGGGCA